CAAAGCUCGUCGCUUCCGGGUCAGGUCUGGAGCACAAGUAACUUCACAGACACAGAGGGAGACUCCACUCUCUUAACAGUUCAGUUCUGAUCCACUCAGCCCUUUUGAGUCACCUCGACCAGACAGACAGUCAGACAGACAGUCAGUCAGACAGUCAGACAGACCAUGGCAGAAAAGCAACCCAAAUUGCCCAAGGAGGAGGAAGAGGAGGAGGAGGAGGAGGAGGAGAAGAAGGUGUACUUGGCCGGGCUUGGCACCAGCAGCCCCAAACCCCGGCAAAAGUAUGGGGGGAUGUUCUGUAACGUGGAGGGAGCUUAUGAGAAUAAGACCAUCGACUUCGACUCUUUGAGUGUCGGGCGGCGCAGUGCCCGGGGUUUAAGUAGACCCGGUGGGAGCCACAUCUCCAUGGAGUCUGACGGGAUGAGUGAGACCGGGAGUGAUAUCAGCGAGAUGUCCGGCUACAGUGAGCCCGCGGGUCGGGGAGAAUCAGGGUCCAAUCCCCUGGAUCAGUCUCUCAGGACUGACCGGGGAGGUGUUCCCCCCGACCCCCACAACCAGAGUGAUCGUUUGCUUAUUAAAGGAGGAAAGAUCGUCAAUGAUGACCAGUCUUUUCUAGCUGAUAUUUACUUGGAAGAUGGGAUCAUAAAGCAAAUUGGCGAUAACCUUAUUGUUCCUGGUGGCAUCAAGACAAUUGAGGCCAAUGGACAGAUGGUCAUGCCAGGUGGAAUAGAUGUCCACACCCAUCUGCAAAUGCCAUGCAUGGGCAUGACUACAGCUGAUGACUUCUAUCAAGGAACAAAAGCAGCACUGGCUGGAGGAACCACUAUGAUAAUGGACCAUGUGAUCUGUGAACCUGAACCUGGAUCAAGUCUGCUUUCUGCCUAUGAACAGUGGAGAGAAUGGGCUGAUAACAAGUCCUGCUGUGACUACUCUCUACAUGUGGAUAUCACACGCUGGCAUGAGGCUCUGCGAGAAGAAAUGGAAACAUUGGUGAAGGAUAAAGGUGUGAACUCUUUUCUCAUAUUCAUGGCCUACAAAGAUCAAUACCAGUGUACCGAUUCUCAGAUAUACGACAUCUUUAGCAUCAUUCGUGACCUGGGUGCUAUUGCACUUGUGCAUGCUGAAAAUGGAGACAUCAUUCAGGAGGAGCAGAAAAGAAUGUUGGAGCUUGGAAUUACAGGACCAGAGGGACAUGUUCUGAGUCGACCAGAAGAGGUCGAAGCAGAAGCUGUGUAUCGUGCAAUCACCAUAGCAAGCCAAGCCAACUGCCCCUUGUACAUCACAAAAGUAAUGAGCAAAAGUGCUGCUGAUGUAAUUGCACAAGCACGGAAGAAAGGUGCAGUGGUGUAUGGAGAACCAAUAACAGCAAGUCUUGGUACUGAUGGAUCUCACUACUGGAGCAAGAACUGGGCUAAAGCUGCUGCGUUUGUUACUUCUCCUCCACUGAGCACUGAUACCUCCACCCCCGAUUACCUAAACGCUCUGCUGUCUUGUGGUGAUCUGCAGGUUACUGGCAGUGCUCACUGUGCUUUCACCACAGCGCAGAAAGCAGUCGGAAAAGAUAACUUCAGACUGAUCCCCGAAGGAGUUAAUGGCAUUGAAGAGAGGAUGACAAUUAUCUGGGAUAAGGCUGUGACUACAGGAAAGAUGAACGAGAAUGAAUUUGUUGCAGUAACCAGUACAAAUGCUGCAAAGAUCUUCGGCCUUUACCCCAGAAAGGGGCGGCUUGCUGUUGGAUCUGACGCUGAUUUAGUUAUUUGGGAUCCAGAAGCGGUCAAGAUCAUUUCAGCAAAAACACACAAUCUGGCAAUUGAAUACAACAUUUUUGAAGGCAUGGAAUGCCAUGGUUCCCCUUCCGUUGUCGUAAGCCAAGGUAAAAUUGUUCUGGAAUAUGGGACUCUGCAUGUCACUGAGGGCUGUGGACGUUUCAUUGCCAAAAAGACAUUCCCAGAUUUCGUUUAUAAAAGAAUAAAAGCAAGAUCCAAGUUGGCUGACAUUCGAGGUGUUCCCAGAGGAAUUUAUGAUGGUCCUGUCCAAGAUGUGACUGUGGUUCCCAGAGCUAUGACUCCCAUUCCAUCAGCCAGGAUGUCCCCAGCUAAGCAGCCCGUUCAGCCGUUACGCAACCUGCACCAGUCUGGAUUCACUCUGGCUGGAUCCCAGACUGAUGAUCAUAUUCCUCGGCGUCCCACUCAGCGUAUAAGUGCACCCCCUGGUGGGCGCUCAAAUAUAACUACAUUGGGUUGAAUUCCAAUCAGCUACAGAUGAGAAGAAUUAAUCUCAGAGCCCUUAUAUUGCUGCAGGUUUUGUCAUCUGAGGCUCAGAAAUAUUCUCAUAAGCAGCUGUAUAUAGUACAGUAUUUGCGGCAAAAGUUGGUUUAUGAAGUCACUGCCUUUAGCUGAUGAAUGAUGCAUUUGGAACCUUUUUGAUCUGCCAAAUAAUUCAACAAGAGCUACAGUUUUGUAUUAUAAAAUAUAGCCAUUAAUUUAUAUUAAUAUUUGAUUUAAUUGGAAAGUAUGCAACAAGCAUUGAGAACUGUUUUAUUGUUGUGGUUCAGUAGGAUUGUACUUGUGUUUAAUUCAAAAGCAUGAUAGUGAUAUUGAAGGUGACGUGUAUUUUACUUUGUAUUACCACAAGAGUCUGAGAUGGUGUAAAACAAUACAGUAAUAUAGGAAAAAAAAACCUUGAGGUUUUAGAAAUAUUUUAACCACUUUCUACAACCACAUGCCAACGGUAACUCAUGAUGCUGUACAGCAAGCCAGUAUUUUUUACUCUAUUUACAGGGUAACUUUUCAAGAUUUUUAACAAUUAACAGAACUUGCAUUUUAUUGAACCAAAAAAUAAGUUAGAAGCUUUUCCUCACAUUUAAAUGAAGGUGCAUUUUUUUAUGUUUAACCUUGAAUAUACAGUUAUGGAAAGUAAAGACCUAGUUAACUGUAAAGGGCAUAUUGACAGCUUAAGAUGGUUCUGUGCCUGAGUUUUCCAGUAUCUCCCUUGCACUUUCACUUCCUUUUAAGUGUGCAAUGGAGUAAAAAAAUGGCUACAAUGCAGUGAGUAAAUUGCUCACUUAUUUAAAUAUAAGUUGAACACAAAUAAAUUGUAAUAAAACCCUCAAACAUACAGGAAGGUGCUUGCUACAGGGGUACUAAUUAGGUUCACCAUCACGUGUCACACUUGGAAGUUCUGGAUUUAAAGCUUUCAGAAAUCAUAUCUACACAGCACACUUUUCAAAAUAAUACCAUCUUUGAACAAAGCGAAUUGUAAUAUCUUAAAAUGCAGUGGUGUUGUCUUGUAUGGUUACCAUGUUUUUUUUGCUAAAUGUCACUAAUAUAACUUGAACUUUUGCGAAGGCUUGAAUAUGUAAAAUUGUAAUGUUAUGGCAGCUUCAUUAUUAACAUCAUCUAAUUUCUGCAAUUAUGGCCUCAAUGUCUGGAUUGUCUUAUAGUUUGAAAUUAUAAACUGAACAAACAUUGAUCUCAGUUGGAGCACACUAUAGUCCUAGAAAAGUGUCUUUGAGCUGAAGCCAUUACCCAUGUGUGUUAGACUUGUAUUAGGUGGUUAGAAGAUGUAAAAUUAACCUGGCCCAAUAAACUUUCUGGGACAAGGGCUUGGUCUUGAGGUUAACAGGCGCCUAUUAAUUUGCUACUCAUACUUAAUCCAAUGAUGGAAAAUGAAUUGGCCAAAGCUAAAUACAUUUGAAUCAAAUUGCCUUAGGCUUUAGUUGAACAAGUGUGCAUUGAGUAAAAAUGGCUACAAUGCAGUGAGUAAAUUGCUCACUUAUUUACAUAUAAAUUGAACACAAAUAAAUUGUAAAACAAAAAGUGCUUAAAUCUGAUCGUCCAACUCCUCGUUGAAACAAACUCCAGUAUCAAUGGGCAUCUACAGUGCAAUCCAGAUUUGAUCACAAGCGGGCCAGUGUUCAGAUUUUCACGUCAGAAUUCUGAACACAAACUGACAAAGUUUCUAGCACAUAAGCAAGCCUCAAAACUUUGUAAAGUUACGUUGUUUCAAGUUAAUGGUCCGUCUUUAUCAAAUAAAUUGUUACAUAAAACAAAAA